CAUCUCACAACUGCAUCAACAAGAAAUGUUGUAGAUAAGAGAAAAAUUAGAAGCUGAGUGUAGUGAAAAUGAAACGUUGAAGAGAGAAUUAUUUGAAGCCAAACAAAGUUUGUAUGAGCAAAAUGAAAGAAUAAAUGAGGAACUACUAGCUGAAAAACAAAUGCAUCAAGAUGAUCUCGGUACCAUCACACAUCUACACAAACAAGAAAUAUUGGAGAUUAGAGAUAAAUUAGAAGCUGAGUGUAGUGGAAAUGAAACAUUGAAGAGAGAAUUAUUUGAAGCCAAACAAAGACUGUAUGAGAAAACUGAGAAAAUUCAUGUGUUGGAGCAGGAAAUUAAGAGGCAUAAAAAGGAAUGUUCAGAUAUGGAGGACAUAUAUCGGGAUGAAGUGUCUGAAAUGAAACAAAAAAUAGAUGCAGAACAUGCUAAAUCUGAACAACGGCAAGAAAAAUUGAAAGCACUUGAGAAAACCACAAGUGAACAAGAUAAAAAGAUUGAGGCUAGAGAUCAAACGGAAAUUGUGGAACUAAGGAAGAAGCUAGAAGAACAAAUUUACCAUCAAGGAAAUCUUGAGAAGAAACUUCGAACUCUACAGAGCAAGAAAGAAGAAGCUUUAGUUUUGAAGGAAAAAUGUCAUGAAGAAAUAAAAAACAUGAGGAAGAAACUUGAAGAAGAGCAGAAGCGUAAUGGAAUGCUUGAAGAUGAAGUGAACAUUCUAAAAGAACAAAUUUUGCAUCUUAGUUGUGAUCUUAAUGAGAGCACAAAUAGUGUCAGGAAAGGAAAUUCUGGCAAUUUCUCUUUUGUGUCAGAAAGUCCUAUGACCUUUUCCAAGUCCAUUCAAAUUAGAGAUACUAUUAGUUGUCAAAGAGCCACAAUUGCCAAAUUGCUUGGAGAAGUUGGAUUGCCAAAAAUAGUGUCCUAUAUGGAAUUAGAGGAUAAAGAUGUACAAAUUCAUGCCGUGAAAGUUUUGGCAAAUCUUGCUGCUGAAGAAUCGAAUCAAGAGAAAAUUGUUGAGGCUGGUGGUCUGAGCUCCCUGCUGAUGCUCUUAGAAACUACAGAAGAUGAGACUAUUCAAAGGGUUGCUGCUGGUGCUAUUGCUAAUUUGGCUAUGAAUGCAGAAAAAAAUCAGGAGUUGAUUAUGAUGAAGGGAGGUGUUAAAUUACUUGCAAAGAUAGCCAAUAAGGCAGAAGAUCCACAAACGCUUCAGAUGGUUGGUGGAGCAUUGGCAAACUUGUGUGGAAAUGAAAAGUUACAAAUGAGAUUAAGGGAUGAAGGUGGGAUCAAAGCUCUUAUAGGGAUGGUUCGAUCAGGACAUUCAGAUGUUUUAGCUCAAGUAGCUAGAGGAGUUGCCAACUUUGCAAAGUGCGAAUCUCGUGGAGCUACACAAGGACAUCGAAAGGGUCGUUCCUUUCUUAUUGAUGAUGGAGCAUUGCCUUGGAUUGUUGCAAACUCUAACAAUGAGGCAAUUCCUGUCACACGCCAUGUUGAGCUUGCACUUUGUCAUCUUUCUUCACAUGAGGCAAAUGCAAAAGAUAUAGUUUCCUUUGGAGCAUUUUGGGAACUUGUCCGUAUAUCACGUGAGUGUUCUAGAGAAGAUAUACGAAACCUUGCAAAGCGGGCAAUAAAUACAAGCCCAACCUUUCAAAUGGAAUUGAGGAGAGUACAUUUUCCUCGUGGAUGAAAGCACUUCAUGUUUCAGAAUAUUUUUCUAUUUUUAACCGUUCGUAUAUUGAAUUUGUCUUGAAGAAAACUCUACAAGUGGCUAACAUAAAACCCUAUUUUGUUGGGUUUGUAUUGAAGUCUUUUAGAUGAUGUUUAAUGUGACAGCAUCAGAGGUUGUUACUGAGACUUGAAAAUGUAAUGCCAAUAAAUUCAAAGUUUUGGUAAUGGUCACAAGUGUGCUACAGAGUCAAGAAGGCCAUCAAUAUCUCAGGUCAACUUCAUUGUAUCAAAUUGCCAUCCUGAAGUGAUACAUUAAUAGGUUAACAGUAGUAAUCACGGAAAAUGUUGAGGUGAUUAUUGGCAGCAGAAACAAUAUUCACCAUGCCCAUUUGUAUUAGAACAACUUAACUGGUUUAAUGUAAGCUAACCAAUUCUUUUUUAUAUAUCAGCCCACAAAGUUUUCCAUAAACUUUGCUAUUUUUUUAAC